UCUCCAUCCACACACUAACCGGGUGUCGGCGUGAGCGUCGCGGUGCCGUGAAUGGGCUGAAGUGGGGAAUGUGAUAUUCUUCUCUCACAGCCUGCCGUUCUCCUGUCAUUUAUAUCCACGGAAGCCGGGUGUCGGUGAGUGACCGGAGGAAUGCGAUGGCAGAGCUGGUGGGCGGGGCAGAUCAGAGCAGACCUUCUGCUGCACACUGAACCAACUGGAUGCAACUAGACCUGAGCUGCAGGCCGUAUAGUCAGAAUGGAUUUCCUCAAUUCCACUGAAGGGGUGUUUGCUACAAGCAGCGAGGGUUAUGACUCACUGGAUACCAAUAAACUCCCUCCCAGUAAGACCCUGCUCACGCUGACCCUGUCUGUACUGGCCAUCCUGACGACAUUCUUCAACUGCCUGGUGAUCACAGCUAUCGCAGUGACCCGCAAGUUGCACCACCCAGCCAACUACCUCAUCUGCUCCUUAGCAGUGACCGACCUGCUGGUGGCGGUGCUGGUCAUGCCCUUCAGCAUCGUCUACAUCCAGAAAGAGAGCUGGGUCAUGGGCCAGGUGUUCUGUACCAUCUGGCUGAGUGUGGAUAUCACCUGUUGCACAUGCUCCAUCCUGCACCUCGCUGCGAUCGCCAUCGACCGUUACCGGGCCAUCACUGAUGCAGUGGAGUACUCUCGCAUACGCACAGGGGCCAGGGCCGGCGCGAUGGUAGCAUUGGUGUGGUUUUUGUCCAUCCUAAUCUCACUUCCUCCUCUACUGUGGCGGCACUACAGCGGGGACGCAGACUACGAAGACCAGUGCAUCAUCGUCCACCAUCACAUGGCUUUCACCUUGUAUUCCACCCUUGGAGCUUUUUACAUCCCCCUGCUGCUCAUCCUCAUCCUCUACUACAAAAUCUACCGGGCCGCACAGACCCUCUAUAUGCGCAGAGAGGCCAGCCGAGCCAGCCGUCACUCAUGCAUGACCAAUGGGAGCAUGAUCCCCUCGUCCUACCCUGCUGGAGACGGCCAUGUUGAUGAGGGGCCUCGGAGUCCAGAGCCCAUAAGUCCACCGGAGAAGUCUACCUCUGAGCCCUCAACCGAGGAACCUCCACGCGAGCGGAUGCGUGCUUCGUCGAAGGCUUUCCGUUCCAAGUCACGCCGCCAAGAUUCGCGCAGUGAGUCACGUCGAAGCCAGUUUUACCAAGGACCGCGUAUCUCUGGCUCACGGGAGCGCAAAGCGGCUUCCACGUUGGGGUUGAUAAUAGGGGCCUUUGUCAUCUGCUGGUUGCCAUUUUUUGUCAAGGAGGUCAUCGUCAACACCUGCAGUGCUUGCAGUACGUCAAUGGAGAUGGCCGACUUUCUGACGUGGUUGGGCUAUCUCAACUCGCUGAUCAACCCCCUCAUCUACACCAUCUUUAAUGAAGACUUCAAAAAAGCUUUCCAAAGACUUGUUAGGUGCAGUCAUUACCUCUGAUGGUUACAAUGGUACACAGUGAUGCCCAUACACCGUCUACACAAAACUGGGAGGAUACAGACUAACUAACUGGUGGCCAGAGAAUAAUGACUGAUUGAGUAUUGACUUGAAUGCGCCUGAGAGAGAAUAACCUCAGAAAACAACGACUUCCAGACACUGCACCGGGCAUUUGGACCGCCUCCAUGGCACUUGCUCAGCAAUGAGCUCCGCAGCAAGGCUCUGCAUUGAAAUCCACGCCAUGCUAUUAAUAGAACAGCCUGAGAUCCCCUUGAUGUUAAUUGGUGUGCAUGUGUGAAGGGACACCGACAUGUGGGACUUUUUUUUAGAAAAUGGGCCAUUGCUGACCUGUUGAGGUCUGUGUCCAGAGUGUUUGGUGAUCAGCUCCAUGUAAAGGUCUUGAAAUAGCUCACCCAUUAUGUCCAUUCCAUCUAAUGUCCUCCCUUCUAUCUGCUGGCUGAAAUAAAUGUGUGAAACACCACAGCAGACCAGCUUGUGAUUUUUCUGUGGCCAUGUUGUUGACGGGGGGUGACGUUCACCUGACUGACCUUCACAGUGAUCGUUAACAGAGACAGCCAUUGAAUGUGGUGCGUAUCCAGCCUCACAAAACAUUCCAAGAAAUACUGUAUAGAAUAUAUUUGUCCUUGAUAAAUAAUGGUGAUGAUGCUGACAUUAUUGAUUCGACAAUCUAAAAUGGGAAGUUAUCGCUUGCUUUUCAUGAACUUCACAACAACUGGAACUUAAGUUAACUUAGGUUCAGGAGCAGGGCCACGCCUCGACCACACCUGUCACCUGUUCAGCCUGCAUGUACCAGAUCAACCCAUCACGCUCUGUUCGUCUCCGAUUCUUCAACCCACCCUUUUCAUCCUCCUUCCCUCAUCCAUCCUCCUUUCCUCAUCCCUACCUUCAUCAUCCUCCUUCCUUCAUCCCUACCCUCACCCAUCCUCCUUCCCUCAUCCCUACC